AUGGCACCUCUACUUCUUCUUUUCAUAACAACACUUGUUAUAUAUGCGCAGAGUGAAUCCACAAUGGAAGUCACUCUUUUACCAAAUGGGGAUUACCUCCACCACAUCAAAUUUCUUUGGUCGCACACCGAUCAGUCUUCUUCAUAUCCCGAUGGCAACAAUUUGCCAGCAAUGUUUUAUUUAAAUCGCCGGUAUAAUGUGACUCAAAGUGAAGUUGUGAUGAGCAGAGGCACGUGGUCAGAGCAAUAUGGUUUACUUCCAUUUUCAGUUGAAAGUGGUUCAGUGAUAGCUUUAGAAGCUACUUCCCGUCUUGACCAGACUUAUUACUUAGCACUUUCCACAUUAUUACAGAACACAGGGUAUCAAGGUAUCUCUGUUCACCCACAUGACAUUUUAAACGCAAUUCAUAACAUGACCGUGACACAUUACUUUGUUGCUCCGUCUGACUGGAGUUGUCUUGAAAAUGUGAUUCGAGUCCGGUCACUCUUCCCCAAAAUGGCGCAUUCCAAUUUACUCUCAAACAAAAUAUUAACAAGCGACUUAUACACUUUCAGAAUUCGCCAAACACUCACUGAAUUCACUGCAGACGUAUUCCUCAUUAUAAAAAGUGUGCAUGGCACUCAUAAAGUAUUUUCAUUUUAUGACGACUACACCGACGGGAUGGUGAAGGUCCUCUCAAAACACACGAUCAUUGCGAAUGGAAAAUUACUUAAGAAAGACACGACAUUCUCAGGGAGGAAAAGCUUAGUCUUAAUGCGGAACAGUGAUGUGGUGCUUGAAAAUACUUUACCCAUCGAACAGAGAUAUAUGUAUGUCUCUGGUGCUGGUGACAAUUCUAUAAGUGAUGGACGACUCCGUUACACCUUUCGUAAUACAGGAAACACGUCACUUAGUCUUGCUGUUAUGUUUUCUAUACCAUAUUUCCUUAACCCUAAAAAGGUGAACUGUUUGAGUAACGGAGAGGCAUUUCCAUGCGGUGAAACGGCCUUUCCUAAAAAGGCUGAAAAGGUGUAUACAGCAAAUGUAUUGCCAAUGUCAUUCACUGUACACCCCCAACACCUUUUGAAUGUGGAAAUAGCAGUGUCUUAUGUCUACCAACCACGACAUAUGCACUCACAAGAGCCACAAAAGGGGUGGGACGUACCAUCUGUUGUUGGCAUUCUCUAUGAAAAGAACGUCGAAAAGAGAGUUAUUGUGUCCAACAAUCUUCUUGUUGGAAUUCCAGCACCAGACUUUUCAAUGUUGUACAAUGUUAUCGCUCUCACACUCGCCGUCUUUGCACUUGGCGUUGGAAACACUAUAGACAUCGUCAUUCAAAAACGAAAUUAUCUCAUUCAAAACGAAGUAAAGUCAAACUUACCAACAAUCGUAUUGAUACUGAGGUCAAUUUACUUUGCUCUUAAACGCAAGUUUGGAAAGAAAGAAGUUGAAGGAGAGCACAAAGAAGAAAAUCAGCAAAGCGAAAUGAAAGAUGAAACUCAAAAUUCGGAAAACGUCAAAGUAAAAGAUGACUGA